AUGUAUGCAAUUGAGCACGUGAGGCCUCGCUCGACACGGCCCACUUCCCCAAUUGUACAAAAGUGGGGAGGAUCUUCACCAACUCCGGCUCCACCCCCAGCUUUUGAGUCGCCGCCGUUUUCUGCUCCACCGCCACCGGCGAUGAACUCCCUCUCUCUGAGUCCUUUCUACUCUGCCUGCAACACUUCUACCCUCCCAAAACUCAAACCUCUAUACACACUUCAUCAUCACUCCUACACAAACGUCAACCAGAAGCAGAGAAUUCGAAAGGGAAGGUGCAGGGCGGAGUUAUUGCACGAGGCGCCAUUCGUCGUCGCUAUCGGCGCGUGUGUUCUUAACUCGUUGGCCUUCCCUCUCCCUGUGGGUCCCGACGAUAACGAAGAUGGUAACUCGGUGAUCGAUUCAGCUGAUGCAAGGUUCGCUGUCAUGGGGAUCAUAAGCUUCAUCCCUUACUUCAACUGGAUGAGUUGGGUGUUUGCUUGGAUGGAUACUGGGGAUAAGCGUUAUGCUUUCUAUGCAAUCGUUUACUUGGCUCCUUACUUAAGGACGAACUUAUCACUGUCACCUGAUGAAAGCUGGUUGCCUAUUGCGAGCAUUGUUCUGUGCAUUAUUCACAUUCAGUUAGAAGCAAGCAUCAAGAACGGUGACCUUCAGAGCUUCCAGUUAUUUAAUGGAGCUUUAAGGAACACAUCUUCAAAGAAAGAUGCUAGAAUCUCAGAACAGGGAACAAGAAAAGAUGGACAAAGGUUACCUUCUGCACAUGAUGAAUCAAGAAAUAAAAUAAGGAGUUGGGGAAUCCCUAAAAAGCCUGCUCAGCAAGCUAACCAUUUGGAUGAAGAAGAGGAGGAAGGGAAAAAGCAUUAGGCGCUGUGUCAAAUGGUUAUGGAAGUAUGGCAAUGGUUGUUUCAUAUAAAGAAAAUGGUUAUGAUUUGAAUUUCUAUCUUGGUUGCCACUUCCUUUGAAUGGACAUACAAAGAAAGUUGGUGUUGUUUUGAACUAAUUACGAUCCAGGUUUUUCUGGUGUCCGAAUCAGUUUGUACGCAACUAAUUCUAGAGACCUGGUUGUCCCUAGAACUAGGCAUUCUUGAAUUCUACAUCCUAGUACUAGUAUUUUGCAUUGGAAGGAGAGUAUGAUUCGAACCUAUACAUUUCAUGGAUCCACUAAAUAAUGGUACGGUUUAGUUCAAUCC